AGCAAGGGAGUCCCAAUAAUCUAAAGCAAUCUGUAAGGACCUGACCUUAGUCCAUCCAGAUCAAUAGAGAAGUGAGGGUGGAAAGGAGAAGAAGAGGAAGAAAUAAGGGGCGCAACCGGAUCGUUUACACUGGCUGUUCCCGAGGAAAUAUAGACUUCCCUUGCUUGCACCUUUUGUUGCUCACAUGCUCACACUGUAAAAGUGGAUAUCGAGGCAAUUCCUUUGCUUUGUGAGACUGCAGCAGACUUUUCCCCCCUUUUCCUACCGCCAUGUCUUUCCCUCAGCUGGGAUAUCAGUACAUCCGACCGAUAUACCCGCCGGAGCGCCAGGGGAUCGCCAGCAAUGCCCGAUCCGGGACAGAGCUCAGUCCGUCCGGCGCACUUUCCAACGUCCUCUCCACUAUGUAUGGAUCUCCUUUCGCCGCAGCAGCGCAGGGCUAUGGAGCGUUUCUCCCCUACUCUAACGAUAUAUCAAUUUUCAAUCAAUUGGGUGCUCAGUAUGAACUAAAAGACAGUCCCGGGGUCCAGCACCCGGGGUUUGCCCACCAUCACCCUGCUUUUUACCCAUAUGGCCAAUAUCAGUUCGGUGACCCGUCCAGACCCAAAAACGCCACCAGGGAGAGCACCAGCACCCUGAAGGCCUGGCUCAGCGAGCACCGUAAGAACCCCUACCCAACCAAGGGCGAGAAGAUCAUGCUGGCCAUCAUCACCAAAAUGACCCUCACCCAGGUGUCCACCUGGUUCGCCAACGCCCGGAGGAGGCUAAAGAAGGAGAACAAGAUGACCUGGGCCCCUCGGAACCGCACCGACGAAGAGGGGAAUGUUUACACCAGCGAUCACGAGGGGGAGGAGGGGGACAAGAGGGAGGACGAGGAGGAGAUCGACUUGGAGAACAUCGACACGGAAAAUAUUGAGAACAAGGACGACUUGGACGACCAGGACGACCUGCAUUCAGAUAUUAAACUAGACGGGAGGAGUGACUCUGAGAUUUCUGACGGCUAUGAGGAUUUACAAGGGCCCGACCAGAGGUUUCUAAAGGCUGUGGGGAAGGAGGGCAAGGAGAGAGCAGAGCACUUCCACAGCCACCACCACCACCACCACCACCACCACCACUCUUCUUUGGACAUCAAAGCGUCCCAGCCAAACGGGGAGCAGCUCAAACUGAACCCGGUGUCCGCGAGCUCGCCGCCCUCGGAGAACAACCCUGCCCCAGCCCAGAAGCCAAAGAUCUGGUCUUUGGCAGAGACAGCCACGGCCCCUGACAAUCCGCGCAAAUCGCCGCAAAUGAACGGCAGCAACUCCGCAGGGCCCGCCGCCCAGACCAUAAUCGCUCCUCACAGACUCAUCUCUUCGUGUCCCGUUGGGAAAAUCCAGAACUGGACGAACCGAGCCUUUUCGGCGCACCAGCUGGCUUUACUGAACUCUAAUCAUUAUCUGGGACUGGCGAACCAGGCCACCGCCACCGGCCUGGCGCUCUACAGCAGCAGGCAAACGGAGGACAAGAGUCAUAGUUCAGAGACUCCAGUCACAGGUACAUGUCCCCGACACUGAGACCCGCAUGUAGAAAUAACUGCAAAAAAAAAAAAAAAAAAGAAAGAAACAAAAGACACUAGUCCAUUGCCCGUCAUUCAUUUCUUUUAUUUUAGAGCCUCCUUUUGCCUUCUCUGCCUGUUCAUGGAUUUGUUUUUUCUCUCUCGAGGCCACACAGAUGAACAGUGUUACAAUGUUGUAGCUGACAGGAUACAGUGUGUGUGAUGUGUGUGCGUGUGCUUUGAAAAAUAAAUGUCCAGGAGGAUUAUAGAAAAGCCCCAUAAGAAAGCAUUUUAAAAAAAAAUCUAAUGUUGAAUCGCUGAAAAUUGUUUUAAUUUCCUCCUCUUAGCCUACAUCCAUAUCAUAUUAAGGUCCAUGUGUUUGCAUUUAAUGGUUUACACGAAGCCCCUGAAACCCAGCUAUGUUUUAAAAGUAAAUUCACUGAAACCCAAGAUGGGCUCUGAUCAUAGGAAGUUCAAUUAACGCAUUUUAAUUUUCUUUGCCGCAGUUUCUGAGAGAUCUAGUGCCUUGGAUGCAGAGAAGAGAAAAAAAGUUGUUAAAAACAGCUUUCCACCCACUUCAAAGACAGUGAGGCUGUCAGUUAAUGACAUUUGGGAAUUUUCAUUUUGAUGCCAUAUCACAUUUUCUUUUUUAAACGCCAUAUUUACCCAAAUUAGCUUUGAUUCGAAGGUUUAUUUUUCAUCCCUGUGUGUGCGCUUGUGUUAUUUCGUCGAGGCCUAUGUUACUUGUUUGGUCAUGCAAAUGAGCUCAAUGCAAAUUCACUUCAGGCUCGUUUUUUUGAAAGGCAAAUGUCACUUUUAUAUCACUUUGUGUUUUAGCUCUUCACGAGGCUAUUAUUAGUGUUUUUCCUCCCAAUUCGUUAUUUUUAUUUGUUUCACCCCUGUGUAUUUCAGGCCUCAGAACCAACUAGAAGCAGCGGUGGUUCUUUCGGCUCUCUUCUCUCCAUAACCCCUCACCCAUUUUAUUCUUUUUUUGUUUCUUUGAAUUUUAUUUGAAUAUGGAAUGUAAAAUAAGAAUAAUACAUCUCUGUAUACUUACAUUGUAAGCAUGUCCUGUGUAAAACUGCUAAUGUAAUAAUGUAUGAACCUGUAGUCUGUGAGUUUUUUUCUCUUUCUUUUUGUAAGUUCUGUGAGGAUUUGAUGUUCAAAUGUUUUGUAUAUAAAGUUAAGAAUAUGUACAUACUUGUGAACCAAAUUGUACAAGAAAGUCUAUAUUUUGGCUAAUAAAUGAACUGCUGCAACUUUAAAAUAUA